CGCUCAGCCGCCUUUGUCUUCCCAGUGGAGAUGUGUUACACACGCACCAGGUACUAAUCUAUCGCUCCCCACAUCAUCAAGCACACAUGCAAAUACUCCCCCCUCGCCACUCCGUGUAGCCUUCAACAGAAUGUUGGCACAAGUGGUGUUAGCGAGUACCUAUUACGGUCGGCAUGGCGCGCAAGGGGAUGGGUGGCCAGCAUGAUUUCCGGCCGCCUUUAUCUACCUAAUGCUUACGUUUAGACACGCUGCACCAGGUAUUCCUUGAAAGCUGACGCGACCUCGGGGAGGCACACGACCGGUGCAAAUAUUCGUCACUGGCGCUGGCUGUGAGCGUUGGUCGAACUCGGGUCGCCGGGUUCUUAGCUCCGUGCGGCUGCUACACACGUAUGUUGAACGCACAUCGAUGGUCAUCUCAGUGAGUGAUGGGGGUUAUAUAAUGAUUCACCCUCCCCCGCCAAGCGAUUUGGUGAAUUGCCACGGUUUGGAAUCGCGAUUCUUGGUUGUCUCCUUACUGUCUAGUUUGUAGAUUUGUUCCCUCCAUUUGCCUAAAUGUAACAGCCUUCAUCAUUCAUAUGCAAUUGGCAUGAAUUGUAAAUAAUUGCUUCUCACACUCGCGAUUCGAGGUAUACAUAUGUCGAGAGCCGAAUGCAUGAUUGUAAUCGUAGGGGUGAUAUUACAUGCAGAGACGUACCGACGGUACGGCGAAUCGGGGCGACCGCCUCGUGUCCCGCUUUAUUUUUGGUGUCAGAUUUCAUCCUAACGGUUUAGUUGUAAGGUGGCGUGAGGGUCCACACGGUGGGAUUUACCCAGGGCCCUGCACCCCCGCACCCCAUGGACGGCUCUGAUUCCAUACCUACUCAACAUUCCACGGUGUUCUGGGUGAAACGACAAUCGUGUGUCUCUAUGAGUCGCCAGCCGUGGGAGGGGACUGUGUUGAUCGUCGUCUUUCUGUCUGGUUUUUCUGUGUCCCUGUGUCCUCUCGCCGUUCGUCCGUCUCUCUGUGCCUCUUCCGUUCCUCGAAUGGAUUUUUUUUUUGCAGCGCUCCUCACAGCUGUGCGUCCUAGGCUGCCGUCUUGAUCACCCCCCUCCCCCACCAAAAGCUGAGGCUGUUGUGGGUGACACGAAAGCUGCACCGUUGUACGAUCUUGACCGUGUCGUGCCACUGUGCUUCUUGUAAUAGUCUGCAGAUAUUUCCCCACGGGGUGGGGGGCAAUUGUGACGCGCGUGGUGUUUUUAGAUGUAUGUUUUUUUUACUUGUCUCGUCUUGUUUAAAUACUCGCUGUCGGCGUGUCGCCGGAGCCGAGGCGAUCAUUAUAAUUGCAUCGUCCGUCGCAUCUUUCCUGCAGGUCGCUUGCGAUAGCCAGAGGGCGCCCGUGUGCGUCCUUUGUUCAAAGUGUUUGUUCAUGCCGCAUUCCGUGCACGCCGCCUGUUCGCGCUGCCAGGUUCAGCUGUACCGAUACCCUCCCCCUUCCCACCGUGGGCUGCUAGAGUCGCAGGAACCUUUGUGGGCGCAAAGGCUCCGUGAAAGGUCUACAGCCAGCAAAGGUGCACGUUAAAUUUAGGUAAAUCAGCACGCUUAUAUAUUGCAUGCCGGUUCGUUAGACUCGGCAGCAGCGCCCGGGCCCGCUGGUGCGUGCGCGAGUGGGGGAUUGGGUGGACGGCAAUGCCAGGUGCCCUCCGCGGCGCGGUGGAGUUGAGCGCGUGCUGGUGGCGUAGGCUGGCACUGCGGCGCGUUUAGGGCGCCAGACGGAGUGUCCCUUCGUGCGAGGCGAGCGUCGUCAGAACCGCUACCGCACUGCUGCUGCUACUGCUGUCGUCUGCUAUUGCUUGCUGCUGUCACCACAGCUGGAGUCACUUAUUCACCAAACUGCGUUUACACGCAGGAGACAGUGAGGUUGGGAGGGGGGGGUGGGCGCUUUAAAUCCGAGGCGUCGCGCGCGGUGGAAUCUUCCCAUUAUCGCAGGGAGGUGGUCCGGUGCGGUGGACGAGUUUGGUGCGAUUUUGUGAAAGGCGUGCGGUUCGUGCGGCGGUUGUAUCAAACAGCCGCAAAGACAUUGACAACAACAAACCACACAAACACACAACAGGAAAAGAAGAAUAUUCCUACUCGCUCAGCGCAGGCGAGGCACGGGUUGUGUUUGCGCACGCGACUCGACAAGGACGUCGUCCCGACGGCCAUGGACCUCAGCGCGAGCAAGGAUGUGGACGAGGACAUGGAUGACGGGACCCCGUGGAGCGAUGUGAGGCCAGAGCAGCUCCACUCCAUGUGUCAGAGACUCCGCGGGCUGAGGAAGCACAAGAAUGCAGCUCAAAGGCUCCGCUGCCUGGUGAAGCAGCUGGAGAAGGGCGAGAUUCCCGUGGCCGAGCUCCGCCGGAACAUCGAGUACGCGGCCUCUGUGCUCGAGGCUCUCUACAUAGACGAGACCAGACGGCUGCUCGACUCGGAGGAUGAGCUGGGCGACAUCAGCUCGGAGGCCGUGCCGGCCGAGGUGCGGGACUGGCUCGCGUCCACCUUCACGCGCCGCAUGGGCGUCACGGCGCGCCGGCCGGAGGACAAGCCCCGCUUCCGCAGCAUCGUGCACGCCGUGCAGGCGGGCAUCUUCGUGGAGAGGAUGUAUCGGCGCACAUCAAACAUGGUCGGCCUCAGCUAUCCGCCGAACGUUCUGGUGGCACUGAAGGACGUGCACAAGUGGUCGUUCGACGUGUUUGUGCUGAACGAGGCGAGUGGAGAACACGCACUCAAGUUCGUCAUGCAUGAGCUGCUCACGAGAUACGAGCUCAUCUCGCGAUACAAGAUUCCCGUUGCGGCGCUGGUGUCGUUUGUGGAGGCGCUGGAGGCGGGCUACAGCAAGCACAAGAACCCGUACCACAACCUGGCGCAUGCCGCCGACGUCACCCAGACCGUGCACUACCUGCUCCUGCAGUCGGGCCUCAUGCACUGGCUGAGUGAGCUGGAGACGCUUGCCGUCAUCUUCGCCGCGGCCAUUCACGAUCUGGAGCACACGGGCACCACCAACAACUUCCACAUCCAGACGCGCUCGGACGUGGCUCUGCUGUACAACGACCGCGCGGUGCUGGAGAACCAUCACGUGAGCGCUGCCUACCGCCUCAUGCAGGACGAUGACAUGAACAUCUUCAUCAACCUCAGCAAGGACGACUGGAGAGAGCUGCGUGCGCUGGUCGUCGAGAUGGUUCUGGCGACGGACAUGUCGUGUCACUUUCAGCAGAUCAAGACCAUGAAGAGCGCCCUGCAACAGCCCGAAAGCAUUGACAAGUCCAAGGCGAUGUCGCUGCUCCUGCACGCUGGCGACAUCAGCCACCCCACCAAGGAGUGGCCCCUGCACCAGCGCUGGACCGAGGCCCUCAUGGAGGAGUUCUUUAGACAGGGCGACCGUGAAGCUAAGCUGGGCCUCCCGUUUUCGCCCCUUUGCGACCGAAACUCCACGAUGGUCGCCCAGUCACAGAUCGGAUUCAUGGACUUCAUUGUGGAGCCCACGUUCUCCGUGCUCACCGACAUGGCCGAGAAGGUGGUGGUGCCCCUGGCAGAGGAAGCGGCCAGGGCCGGCACACCAGGGGUGCCACGUCGCGGCAGUGCGCCCCGCUCUCCACACAGCGCGGCAACCGUGGAGUGGCACCGCGGCAAGCGCGCGGCGAGCGACGGCUCCGUCACCUCCAUCUGCACCGUCGACCUCCUCCAGUUCCGCGCGCUGUGGCAGAAUUGCCUCAGCAGCAACAAGGAGCGCUGGAAGGAGCAGGCGGCGGCGGUGACGGCGGCGACGGCGGCUGCAACGGCUGCCGCGAACACCACUGCAGAUGACAAGGAAGCUCCCCUGCAGGAGGAGGAGGAAAAGGCAGCAGUGCCGGCACAUGAGCUGCGGAGGGAGUCGGACAACCGCAGACGACAAUCCACAGCUGCCCUGGGACAGAUCGCCUCCGCCGAUGACGCUGACGAUGACGCUGAUGACGUCAGUCAUGGCAGCGUGGGCGACCAAGUUGAGGGUGGCGUUGAGGACCAUGGCGUCGGCGAUGAUGAUCAUAACGAUGGUGGCGACGAUGAUGACGAGACAGCGGAGAACAUGGGAGAAGAUCCCGGAGAGAGACUUGCAGAUGAGGAUGCAGGGUGGCGAGAGGGUGGGCGCGCCGUGAGGGCGAAUGACGUCGAGGUCGCCGCCUCGUCGGACGUGUCCCUCCAGUCGGAGCCGUCGCUCACGUCCGAAGAGUCCGUGUUGUCCGAUUCGAAGGACAAAGAGGACUCGACAAUGCUGGAGACAGGUGAGGCUUCGUUAAGAACCAGUGUGGAAGGAAACGUCUUGUUGGACCAUUGACGCCACCACCACCACCACCAUCAUCCCCAUACUCAGGACUGACAGUGUGAAGAGUAAAAUGUGAAGUUGCAAAAAUAGUGUGAAAAAAACAAGUGGGAAAGAGGGAGGAGAGGAUGGGGGAGCGAGGCGAGCACAAGGGAGCAACAGUCGUUUUGUUUCAACAAUGUAUGGGCAUGCUCACAGGGUUGACUGUUUGUCAUGACCAUGGGCAAGCUCAGAAACAGCCUUUUCCACUCAAACUGGACAAUCAAACCAAUAAACCGGGGAUCCCACGUUACAUAGCUCUGAACUGAGUCGCAGACCGGUGUACAAAGAAAUCCCUUUACCGUGGGUCAGUUUUUCGACAAUAAUUUUUGUAGCUUGUUACAUGUGCAAAUGUGUACGAUGGCUGACAUCUGUGCUGGAACAUUGCCCACAAUUGUAGCUGUAACCCUGUUGGUGUUAAAGCUGACACAGAGUUGCAGUUAACACUGAAAUCAUAAAGGACUACAAUUAAACGUAACAUGUAUCAAUUGGUCUAUUUAAAAAAAAAAGUCGUGUCCGUGAAAUGAAUGAAAAGGUCCACCAUUAUUUAAUUAAUGGCAUUGUGAAUUUGUUUAUGGGUCUGAUUUUCCACGAAUCACAUUUGGUAAAAAAUAAAAUGUUCCCUUCAGUCUUAUGCUCAUGUGAAGGUAAAAUGUUAUAUGUACUGCAGGGCAACGCAUGUGACUGAAAAAUCAUGUUUUAUUGCAGAGAAUAUCAACAGCAUACGUGUGGUGUAUUUAAUUAUCUAGAUUGGUUUUAGUUUGUGAAAUAGAAAAGUAAAACAAUCAUAAACACUACUUGCGAGGAGAUGCUAAGGUUUGCAAAACCACUCCUCUUUAUCUCCGUUCAUCCUAACUCCAUCUAACAUAAAUGUUUUUUUUUCGCUUGCAUCACACACACGCAUUGUAAAUUGUCCUGUCAUAUUCCGGCUGCUGUAUUAGGACUUUGCUUCUGAGCAGCACUAACAAUUAAACAAAUGCUGUUUUAGCACCGUUUGCAUUAUGGCUGCUUUGCAGAGUGUAAGCAUGUUGACAUUUGAAAUGCAUUCUGGCCGGACAACAAGGAGGGCAUCAGGAUGCGUACUCGCAGUUUGUUAUGCUGCAGCCAGCCCGUGGAUUCGUUGACUGACAUGAGUGUGGCACCAUAGCGACGGUCGCUCUGACAUCAAGAGGUGAAAAUCCACAACGGGUUUCUGUGGCGUAAUCGAAAAAAAACCAAGACAUUUAGGGCUCGAUUUUUUAUAGUAAAUGCUUUUUUAGUAUAAAUGAAGCACACACACACAUCAUCAAAAAUACGGCGUGACUUUAGUGUUCUGUUUUGUUAAGGUUAUUUCUUUAUACUUUUUUUUCAUAAGUUGCUGUGCAUAAUAAAGCAGUGACACUCAGCAUUGCUGACUUUUGCAACAUUUCCGUUUGAUUGUAGCGUUUGUGCAAUUCCGUAUAGCGGUAAUUUAAUCAAACGCAUUUAUUCCAUACGUGUUCAUGAAGCCUGUCUUCGCCAGGCAAAAAGUUUCCAAUAAUUAUAAUAAAGGUGAUAUGAAUUUUUACAAUUUUUAUCUACGAUCUGACAUUAACAACUACUCAAAAAAUGUGUAUUUUUUCGCAAAAAAAACUAACAUUGUCGACAAGUUCAUUUCAUUUCUUAUAUUUCAAGACUUAUCCAUCGGAAACUGCUUAAUUUAAAGAUUCCAUUCUUUUUUUUAUUCGAAAGAACAAAAACUAAUUAAGUUAAUGCUGUAUGAGGGAAAAUUCUUAUCGUUUGCCGUUUUCAAAUAAUUCAGAUUUGAACAUGAGAAAAUGCGUAUUUAUUUCGUUCAAAAUCGCUUGAAUCUGAAUAACUUCAAAAACAAUAAAAGAUAGAACAAUUGUUCUCGCUUAAAUUUUCAUGACUUGCUGUUUAACGCUCUAUCAAACGAAAAAAACCGCAAUGUUACAUUUUGAACGGUUUCUGAAUGUCAUUCACAAACAUUGCUAUGGGUCACAAUGUCGAGCUUUGGGGGCCUUCAAAUGGAAAAUCUCGGCUUUUUCUGAUUUCCCCUGUUUGUGUCCAAAAAACUACAUACGUACCAAAUUUCAGCUUUCUACUUUGUCGGGAGGUAUCCGAGAGGUUUUUGAGACGUACAGAUUAAGCUGUUUAUUUAUAUAGAUAAUGUCGAAAUCCCACCGUUUUUUGCUGAAGGAAAUAUAACAUCAGGUCUACUGAAGAAACAUUUAGCAGAGCUCCCCUGCUGGUUUUCCUCGUAAAAAUUUACUCCUCCAUCUCUACCGUUGUGUGAUGAAUCAG